UUGAGAUUUAAAAAAAUAUAACUAAAGAUAAGUAUAGUUGGCUGCAAAGGGUUAACCGUGUGCUAUGCGUACACAAAACGCCCUCGUUUGAGCGUAAAGGGGAAUCCCAAAAUUUGCCUAGCAGCGGUCAAACAGUUUUCGUUCCGUCGGUUGUGCUCGAUCAUCUCACACUCGGUUGAUAUAUUAUGAAGAGUUUACUAAUAGAAGAAGACGCUUCAAAUGAGCGAUCGGGAUCACGUUUAAGGAGUAUCGGCACGAAGGUGUUGCUGAACGUCAUUUACCCGGCAUGUGUUAUCGUCCCAACCGUUUCGAUCGUUAGCGCCUGCGCGAGCAAUGGAAUGGACAGUCUUUACACCUGGCAUGUACUGCUAACAGGGAUAGGGUUUCAUCUGCUCAUGCCCGUAGGAAUAUCGAUACUAUGUGGGCAGCAAACUAUUUUCCGGCCUUCUGCGUGCACCACUCCUCGACGAACCCUACACUGGAUGCUGCAGUCCGUCGCAGGUGCAUGCGUCUUGGCAGGGACAGUGCUUCAGUACAUCAAUCGAGAAAUGAAACACAAACACCAUGUCGUCUCGGUGCAUUCGGCCGUGGGACUGGCAUCGGUAGUGUUGGUCGGUGUUGGGCUAGUUAGCGGUUCGGUCGCACUGUACGGACGGGAGCUCCGCAGCUGUCUUAGCCCACUGUGGCUGUACCGAUGGCAUCGUGCCGUAGGAGUAGUAGCUUUUUCGACCGGAUUGGUUUCUUUAACAAUCGCAUACGAUAAGCACAUUUUUGCGGAUAUCUUUAGCGCCGAGAUGCGAAUUUUCGCCAAAAUUGUAACAGCAAUUACCGGUCUGAUAAGUUUAUUCGGAACGUUACGAAAAACGCACACCUAUUUGAGCGAUUCCUGCAACACGCGAUGAUACGUUAUCGCACCGCUCCCAAAUUCCUUGAUCCUUUCCGGAAUCGAUUUGAGAAUCGAUCGCGUUUACGAGAUUGUAAGGGGCGUCAAUUAAAACCUCCCCAGAGGCGUGCUACUAGAAUGCUCGUGUCAACAUGACCUAAGCCACUGAAAUCGGCCUGUCUACUGUUUUAUUGCCGGUGUCUGUACAUUCGAAUCCAAGAGAUAAACUUACAACCCUCCAACCGAACAACCGAGGUGCACAUUCCGAUUGGUUCCGAUUUAGCACCGGUUAGACCCACUGCCAUGACGUGAGGGCGUAUCGGUUUCAACCGAAGCUGUCUAGUCGCGCACGUAGCAUCUCGCACACGUUCUACUGAUAACAAUCGAACACAGACUUGCUGCCGCUCGCGAAUGCGCAUUCGUAGGGCUCACAAUGCUAUAAACAUUUGGUUGUGUCCGCACUAGUGUUGAUGCUUCGGUCAUAAAACAAACCGCUGCUGGGUUGCCUGCCUUCCAACGGUAUCGAUCUAUUGUCAUGGUACAAAAGCAAGCUGCAUCGACCUCGUACCUCGUUCAUAUGUUACACGGUGUGCGCGCAAUAGGGACUGGACUAUGUGAAGCCUUCCGUUUAAUUAUGUGUCCGUGUGUAUUCUGUUGAUCUCUUACCGGAUCGAUCGUAUGAAUGUGUGUGUGUGUCAAACAUUUGAAUAGUAAGCAAGUGCUCCUCCGAUUACAAGUUGUUAAAUAUUUUGUGGUGCACGGACAAACGCGAGCAAUAUGAAAUCCGCACACACAAGCGAUCAGAACUCGACGGUUACGAUGGACCGGAAGAGCGUUACGGAAAACGAGUGGUUUUUCAUGCUGGACGGCAUUUUCAACACGAUCAAUCACACUAUGAUCGGAGUGGUCUGCAUCUACACCAGCUGGUUGUGUUGGAUAAAUGGAUUCGAAAAUUUGUACACGUGGCACGUGUUCCUCACACUGAUCGGGUAUCAUCUACUGAUGGCCGAAGGAAUAGUGUUGCUGUACAGUGGCAACGGUUGGACGCAGAAGCUGACGCACUCGCACAAACGCACCGUGCAUUGGUUGAUCGAAGUCGUCGGUUGCACUUGCUGUGUGGUGGGCAUAGCGCUGGAAAUCUACUUCCGGCAAUCUACCAACCGGCGACACUUUUCGUCCACGCACAGUAUCGUGGGGCUUAUUUCGCUCGUGUUCCUUGCCCUCACGCUGGUGAACGGAUUGAUGGCGCUGUUUGCGGCCGACCUUCGGAAACGCAUACGUCCGAUCUACUCAAAGCUGAGCCACUAUCUUACCGGGACGGUGUGCUACGUGCUGGGCAUGGUGGCAAUCGUGCUGGCGUACGAGAAGAAAAUCUAUCACCAGAAUACGAUCACCAAGGGCAUAACGAUGAUGACCGUUUUCACGAUAGCGGUUACCGUGCUCAGCAUGGUUGGAGUGGUGAAAACGAUGUACAAUCAGUUUAAAACUCUAGCAAAGUAGCUGGAAUAUAGUCACGCGAAUACACUCGUCUACAGGAAAGGUUUCCAAGAUAUUAGCAGCGACUGGAAUUCAUGUUCAAUCUCCAGCUUAACGAAUGGUAAAAUGAAUAAAGUAUAUCGUUAAUAGAGUAAAUGGCAGUCAAAAAA